AUGAGAAUUGAGAAUCUUGAGAUCACAGAAAAGCCAAAUUGGCUUGAACUUCCUAGAGACAUAGCUAUCAACAUACUGCAGAGACUUAGUACACUUGAUAUAGUUACAAGUGCAUCUGUUGUGUGCCUUCUCUGGUGGAACAUUUGCAAGGACCCUCUCAUAUGGCGCACCAUUGACAUGAUUACCGGUAUCACCACUGACAUGAUCACUGAUCCCUCUCAAUCAAAAUCCUACUUUGAAUAUGUUGGCAGAUUAGAAAAGAUUUGUUGUUAUGCUGUUGAUAGAAGUUGUGGUCAUCUCAAAGAUAUUUAUAUUAAGAAAUUUGGUACAAAUGAUCUCCUUAUUCAUAUAGCUAAAAGUGCCAGUCACCUAAGAUCCAUAAGGCUUGAAAAAUGCUACAACAUUUCAACUGUAGCAUUCAAUGAAGUUGUGAAGAAUCUGCAAUUCUUAGAAGAGCUUGACAUUUGUCAUUGUCUUAACCAAAUACCAGAUUUUUAUGAAUUUAUCGGCCAAAGUUGUCCACUAUUGAAAUCACUAAAAUUUAGCCCUACCACUUAUCUAAUAGAUUAUAAGUACGACGAUGAUGCAUUUGCUAUUGCAAAAACAAUGCCUAUGCUACGGCACCUUACAAUUUUAAAUAAUGGACUCACUAACAAUGGAUUGCUAGCUAUUCUAGAUGGAUGUCCCCUUCUUGAGUCUCUUGAUACUCGAGGAUGUGUUCAUCUCAAUUUUGAUGGAAGUUUGAAUGAAAGAUGCAAGCAGAUUAAAGAAUUAAGUUUUCCAUCCGAUUCUAUUGAUCAUAAGUUUAACUAUGACGAUCUAGAUCUCCACCUUAAGAUGAGAGUGCGUGAAUUAGAUCAGUAUUGUUCCUUAGGAUUGGGAUAUGAUUAA